AAGGGGUUCCGGGUCCGCCAAGAGAGCCACACAGCACCACCGGGUGAGAGCGAAGGAGACACCGACAGAGACACACAGAGACUCACCAAACCAAGACUCACCCAACCUUCACCAGACCACUGAUCCACACCUGCAGCCGGGCUAUCACUUUCAAGGCUCUUUCUCUUGGACUCCUCUUUCCUCUCUCUCUCCAUCUGUCGCUCCUGAUCAUGUGGAAGGCUGCAGUGUUGACGUUUGGCCUGUUGGUGGCACUGGUGGGUAUGGUGCAGGCUGCAGAGGGCCAGGCUAAUUCUAUCUACGGGGUGAAGCUGUGCGGGAGAGAGUUUAUACGGGCCGUCAUCUUCACCUGCGGAGGAUCGCGUUGGAGGAGAGGAGUGGGCGAUGCAGGUGACAUCUCCAUUGACGAGGAGACUGAGGCCUACAGCCCAUGGAGCUCCAACGCUAUCCCCGGCCUCGCCAGCAAGCAGCGUCCAGGACUGGAGGCCCAGGGCUGGGCAGGCGAGGUCAGGGAGGGGGGCUCUGCCGCUGCUGUCUUCAGUCGUUUGGCCCGCUCGCCCAUCUCAGAGGAAGUGCUAGAGGCCCUGCGCAGCACGGACAGGAAGGGGCGGGAUGUCGUGGUGGGCCUCUCCAACGCCUGCUGCAAGUGGGGCUGCAGCAAGAGCGAGAUCAGCUCCCUCUGUUGAGCACUACCAACACCUCUCAUUUCCAUCCCUCCAUCCCCUCGUCCCUCUGCCUCUACCUCUCCUCCUACAUCACCCCAUCUCUUCUACCUUUCCUCCUACAUCACCCCAUCUCUCAUCCCUCUGCUCAGCUCUACUAGGUCUUCUCCUACAUCACCCCAUCUCUCAUCCCUCUGCUCAGCUCUACUAGCUCUCCUCCUACAUCACCCCAUCUCUCAUCCCCCUGCUCAGCUCUACUAGCUCUCCUCCUACAUCACCCCAUCUCUCGUGCCUCUCCUCUAUCCAUUCUACUUUCAAUAUUCUGGCCAUCUCCAUCUCUCACUAACAAUCCCUUCAUUCCUGCCUGUCUUCCUCCUCUGUCCCCAAAAUGUAUUGCCUUCUCUCCUUCCCUCUAGCCCUCCAUCACUCCACUUUUCUAUCCCUCCAUUCCCUCCUGCCUCUUCUCCUUCUCCUGGAUCAUUGUGUUGAUAAUUCAGGGUCUCCUGACUGUGAGGGUGUAAAAAGAAAAGGUGACAAAGCAGCGCGAGCGAAGACAUUCUUUGACCAUGCAUGUAUUCUCCAACCUAUGUCAGUAUUAUGAGCAGUUUUUGUGUGUUUAGUUACUGAUAUGACAGUCCAAUAAAGUUGUGUUUUGAAAGUG